AUGAGUUCAGUCCAGUCGCUCGGCCUCCAUGAACCGAGUGGGCUACAAUACCUUGUCGACGAAUCUAUUCUGCCUCCCGAUCCCUCACCUUCCCUCUAUACAUGGACUGUUUCCAGAGUUCAGGAUGCCCCAGGGUCGGGCUUCGUCGAGGAGGAAAUUAUCUACACCGACCACUGGGUGGUUUGGUCAAGGAAUGGAGCCAUAAGACGGUCUCUGAACCUUGAAGUCGAGGGAGAGCCCAUUCUGCACGCCUUUGUCACUCAGUUUGCAUCGAGUGAAGAGCGGGACAACGCUGGCGGGAAGCCUAAAAUUCAAGAUGAAAAUGGCAGGCCUUGGGAACGUGGUCUAGUGGUUGUGCUCAAAACACAAGCGCAUAUAUUCCUUCAAUCUGGCGAUGACCAUGUUCUUCCUCUGUCCUUUGAGGUCGAGUCGGCUUUUCCUUUUCCUUCUGGGUUCAUACUACAGCGGAAAUUGGGAAAUGACGAAGUUACUGGGCAGCCUGCCCCGUUGCACCAUGAUCUCAGUACGAUCAACGAGACCUUGACUUCGAUCGGAGGUAACAGCUCCAGACCAUCGCUCGUUCUUCCUGAUCGAGAUCAACCGAUCCCAACGCUCAUCCGCACUAAUGCCAGUGGCAUGCCCCGUACUUUCUCCUUUACUCAGUUGAUGUCCGAGUUGGGUCUGGUGGUAUGGAGUCCAAGUCGAAAGGGUGAGGCACUUGAAGAAUGUAACGCACUACCUCGCUCUGAAAAGGUCAUCUUCGUAUCUCAGUCUGUCGAGUUGGAGUCGUACCAAACCCGAACGAAGCCACUGUGUAUAGCACUGACGCUAAACGAGACCGACUCCACUUUCACGAUGUGGCAUGUCAGCUCAAAUGUGGUGGGCCAGCACAGCGACACGGAGAGCACGAGGACUGAUCUGGCGAAACGAAGGGCCUCUUCCAGGAAAAGCGCAAGUGCUUAUCCACGAGAUCCCAACGAAUUGCUCAAGUCUUCCCGAGGACCCGGCAAUCUCAGAGAAAGUCUAGGAGGGUCAGGCCAGCAUUAUCCUGAUGAACCGCUAUUCCCUUCGGCUGAUGAUCAAAAAUCAUUCCAGCUUGAUCCUGCGGAUGAUCUCGCUUCUCGACUUGGCCCUGAGUUUGGAGAUGUAGGGGUCCAGACGCGCUCAGCUCGAAGAGUCAGCUCGAUGCUUGCGCGGACUGAUUUGGGGCCGGGAACAGAUCGUAACACAUUCACAGAUCUCGCAAUGGGUCAUGGUGGUCGGCAGAGCCUACGACGGACCAGCAGGCGAGGCGAAUCAAUUGGUAGUUUCAAUGAUCGCCGAAGCUUUGGCUUUCGCCGAAGAAGCUCUUUCCCAACCAAUGCCUCUGUAUACAGCACAGGUACUUCGUAUCUCGACGUCGCUGCUCAAAGCCUGUUGGACGAUCUGGAGCCUCUGCGUCAAUCAGUGCGUAUGGAAGACGACAAUAUAGGCGUUUCCGACAGCAAUCUGCCUCGGGAGAUCGGCUUUUUCAAAAUCAAGUCGUUCCCCAGGCGGCAGGCCCACGAUGGCGACGACUCGAGCUCUGGGAUAAAAGUUCUGACAUUGGCUCCACACGGUAGUGACGGGAACAGCUCACGAGGAAGAAAUAUCUAUCUCUGUGUCAUGGACAAGUCUAAUCAGGAGCUGACACUCGUCAGAGUACUCGUGAGGGUUAAUUUCCCAAAGAGCAGAACGACACAUGGUUCCUCUCAAGCGCCGUUGGAACUCAAGGCCACGGAGCUACGCAGGCUACCAGGCAUCAGGGAUGUUUGUAAGGUCGUGGAUGGUUAUGUUCAGCGACUGGUCGUCCUGACCGAGUCGCGUUCGCAACUCAUGUCUUUGCAACUGGAAGCACCUUGGUCACCCUCUUACCGAAUCGAGCCUCCUGCACGAUAUCCUAUUUUCGAUCCCAUGCUAAGUCCACAAAAGUACAGUCCAAGAAAAGACAAGGACACAGGAAGCAGGAGAAUGAUCCCGGGCGGAGAGGUACAACUGCGAGCUCUCCUUGACGCCGGAUACCCAGCACAGAUCUAUGCAAUCGACCAGGACCAGCGACGACAUUCCCUGUCGCUUCGACUUGCUCCACGGGAUCGCAUGGUACUCGACAUUAUCAACAUGUGUGACCUUCUGUUAGGUACCGAUCAACAAGACACGCUGUUGGUUGGUUUCUGGGAGGUUUCCCGCUGGUUAAGGAGUAGAGAUCCGCCGGUCGACUCGGAAUGGGUUGCCAUCGUUGUCCUCCUCUUUUCCCUUGCUGUUCCAUUUAUCAGCAACCAAAUACCGUCGACGCCGAGCCGGCGAAAGAAGGGUCCUUUGCUUCGAUCUAGCAGUGGAAGCUACGUUGACCUCACGAAUUAUGAAGCUAUGCAUGACGAAGGGUACGACUUGACAUCCAAAUUGGGUUUACAGGGCCCGGCUUGGUCGUGGCUCUUACAGCAACACCAAAAGACGCAGGUAUCACCCGCCCCAAAGUCAAAGCAGAGGGUUGGAAGCUCUGCCACUGCUGGCAGCAGUCCCCACGUGCGGAAAAAUUCCUUCAUCAUGAGAUGCAUUGUGAUGGCGAAAGAAUAUACACAGUCACCUUCGGGCGAAAGCGCUCUGGGUCCCGAGGGCUACUUACCAACGGCAAUCAACAAAGACCGUGAACAUCGGGGCAACGCGAUUCCAAAAAUUCUAUUAGGCUUGCAUCUCCUGUAUGAAGAAAGUAAGCUCGACAUCACGUCGAGUCUCAGAAUGAACCAGUCACAGAGCAACUUGGUAAUGGUCAUGUCACAGCUUGGUCGCUGGCUGGGGUGGAAAGACUGGUCGUCGGACGUCAAUGCUUAUUACGAAUUUGAAUCGGCUGAUUUGAACAACUGCCCUUUUGAUCAAUCCGUCAUCGAUGGUCUUCGAAUACCAUCUCAGCCGUUCCAGCCUCCUUCGAUUUACGAGUAUCUCGAGAGUUGUAUCAGCGGAGCCGCUCCUCCUCCGUUCUUGACACUUGCCAGAAUUGCCGGAGCUAGCGAGGCUGUUGAGACUGAUAACCUAUUAUGGCAGCGGACAACAGAACUGACCCCUCGCACCAUAACACUUAUUUCCUUUAUGCAACUGACAGAAGGGUCUUAUGGGACCCAACGGACCAUCGAGGCCAUGUUGAAGACUGGCCUCGAUGAGCACGUUCUAGGUAGCCUCCCUGAUGGGGUGGCUGCCGCCUUUCAUCAAGCUAUAGCCUCAAAGAGGAAUAGGAUUACCGAGAUAACUGGGUCUGAAGCCUCUCGACUGCCCGGAGUGCUUCAGGGCCAGCCUGAUCAUGAUUAUCGGCACCAUGCGUACAGACCGCAGCUUGCUCCUACCCAUGAAGCCUUGAGAGAUUAUCACAGUAUCUGUGCCUCUGCGCUCGAGGCAGAAGCACUUCAGCGUUGGGACGCGUCGUCUGAAGCGGACCGAAACGCUAUCACAAAAUUGAUAUUCAGCGAGGACCGUCGCUUCCCGGAAGCUUCCAAGCUUGUUAACCAGACACGAGCACCAGUAGUUGAAUGUACACCGGAACCAGAGUGGACUGAAGUUGAUCUUCUCGAUGCACAAAAGGAAUUGGCUCAGCAUGUCACGCGACGGACACUGUCCGUGGCAGCCGGACGUGGGAUGAUGCAUUUCAAUGCCCGAGUCCCUCUUCUGACCGAGAGGGUACCGAUCCCGGCUUUCAGCUUGCAAUGUAUCAUGAAGCCUCGAAACGCGAAUGAAAGUACACAACCCAUGACUUUCAGUGCCGACAAGGCCUCAUUCACGGAAGAGAAGGUGUGCUGGGCGUUCUUCCACAAUGGGGCGUCUAUGGGCUUGAUGAUCUCGAAUGGCGCUCCCGGCAUCGAUACUUCUUGGAUCCUCUACAACAAACCGCCCGAAUUAACCAACCGACACGCGGGCUUUUUGCUUGCAUUGGGGCUCAAUGGCCAUUUGAAGAACCUUGCCAAAUGGGUGGCUUUCAAGUAUCUCACUCCGAAGCAUACCAUGACAUCAGUGGGAUUGCUUCUUGGGUUGUCCGCCUCUUUCCUAGGGACUAUGGACACCUUGAUCACGCGGCUUCUCUCCGUCCAUGUUACUCGACUCCUUCCUCCUGGUGCUGCAGAAUUGAACCUCUCGCCUUUGACACAGACUACGGGAAUCAUGGGUAUUGGACUCUUGUAUCAUAACUCUCAACACCGUCGUAUGUCAGAGGUGAUGCUUUCGGAGAUUGAAAACAGUGACCCUGAAGAGGGGGCCGCUUCGGACACAGUGCUUCGGGACGAAGGCUAUCGGCUCGCUGCAGGGUUUUCCUUGGGGUUGAUCAACUUGGGCCAAGGGAAACGCCUUCACGGCCUCCAUGAUAUGGGUGUGAUUGAACGGUUGCUCACCAUCGCGGUAGGAACCAAGAACGUGAAUAUGGUUCACGUCUUGGAUAGAGCUACGGCAGGAGCAGUCAUGGCCCUAGCAUUCAUUUUCCUCAAGACGAACGACGAAGCCAUGGCUCGAAAGGUUGACGUUCCAGACACUCUUCAUCAAUUCGAUUACGUCCGCCCUGAUAUUUUCCUCCUGCGCACCCUGGCUCGACAUUUGAUUAUGUGGAAGUCCAUCCAAGCUACGCAAGCCUUCAUUGAGUCGUCGCUGCCCGAGCCCUACCGACGCCGUGCCGACCUCGCAUCCACAAAGUUUCUCGGAACGGAGGACCUCCCCUUUUUCAAUAUCCUUGCGGGACUCUGUUUUGCCAUGGGGUUGCGGUUUGCAGGCUCCCAAAGACAUGAUGUGCGAGACCUGUUGGUUGGGUAUCUCGACCAGUUUAUCCGGUUGAGCCGGCUCCCGGCUCACAAUUACGACGCACGUGUGACGUUGAAUGGUGUACGGAGCUGUCUGGACGCCCUUGCGCUGGCGACUGCUUCUGUCAUGGCAGGAUCUGGAGAUUUGGUCGUCAUGCGCCGCUUACGCGCUUUACAUGGGCGAACGGACAAGGAUACCCCGUAUGGGAGUCAUCUCGCUGCGCACAUGGCUCUGGGGGCGUUGUUCCUUGCGGGAGGCACCCGGACAUUCGGCACGUCCAACCUUGCCAUUGCCAGUUUGUGCAUUGCAUUCUACCCUGUCUUCCCGACAGAUGUUCUGGACAACCGCAGCCAUCUUCAAGCAUUACGCCAUUUGUGGGUUUUGGCCGUUGAGAGUCGAUGUCUGGUAGCCCGUGAUGGCGACGCCGGCGGAGCUGUGAUCGGCGGCGUUAGUGGCAUUGUUCACCUCAAGGACGGAACUACCCAAUCGAUCCGUUGCCCUGGCUUGAUACCGGAAUUCGACUCCAUCAAAUCUAUCGAAGUUCGAGGCGAUGGCUUUUGGGAUGGCUUCAUUGACUUCGCAGGCCAACCAGACGGUGGCAAGGCUCUCCGUGAGAAGAUCAAGGCCGAGAACGCAGUCAACGUCACUCUUAGCCGACGUGCCGCGUACGACAAGCCAGCCGAAGAUAUUUUCACUGCCGAGAUCCAGGCAUUAGGCGAUGCGGACGGCAUUCCAAGCGUGGAUCCAAAUGCGGCUGCCGCCCACGCUUAUUCUCACGGAACCGUCAGCUUAGGCGGAACUGCAUCGGCCCGGACGACGUCCAAGUCGGGCAAUCCAUUCGAGUGGCUGUUUGAGCUCGAAUCGUUCAAGGACUUUGAUCAUGCCGAACGUGCAUUGGUGUUGAACCCGCCGCCAAUUGGUGAAUGGAAUGCCAAAGAGCUGUUACGCACCACGGUCGUGGAUUCAAGAUUGGAUUUUGAAAAGGGUGUUCUGCCUCCAGAGCCAAAGGCCAAUGCUCAGUUCCAGAUGGAUAAGCAGAAACUCUGGCAACUCCGUCUACUCUUUGCUUGGUUUGACCGGUGGGAGCGAGAGGAUGCAGGAAUGGAGCAGGAGUUUGGUAACUUGGGCAGUCGGGCCAAUGUGGAUGACGAUAAAUGGUUCAACAAGUCCGGAGGGACGUGGCUGAGAAGAGAAGUCAUUGAACGCCUGAGGUGGAGGGUGUGGAAUAUGACUAUGGCUACCAGUACUGGUGCUGGUGCUGCUGGAGGAGACUAA